AUAUUUUUGAAAAUUUCAUAAGUUAACACGAAUUGGAAAUAGUUUGCAAACUCUCACUCUUCAUAUAUCUAUAUCUAUAUAUAUAUAUAAACCAUUCGAUUUAACGAAAUUAGAAAUGUGUUCACGUGAUCCGGCCUCCAACCAGCUAAUUGACUACAAGAACAACGAUGCGGCGGCCCCAACGGAAUGCACCAGUUCGGGAGGUGCUCCGAUUGGGGUCAAGGACGCCAUACAGACGGUGGGACCGCGCGGGCCUGCACUGCUGCAGGAUUUCAUUUAUCUGGACGAGAUCUCGCACUUCGAUGCGGAACGCAUACCCGAACGGGUUACCUAUGCAAAGGGCGCUGGAGCCUUUGGAUAUUUCGAGUGCACCCACGACAUAAGCAAAUUCUGUGCGGCUUCUGUUUUCGAUAAGGUCAAGAAGCGCACAGCUGUUGCCAUGAGAUUCUCGGUCGCCUGCGGCGAGAGUGGCUCGGCGGAUACGGUGCGGGAGCAGCGGGGCUUCGCUGUCAAAUUCUAUACGGAGGAUGGCAUCUGGGAUUUGGUGGGCUGCAAUAUGCCCGUAUACUAUAUUCGUGAUCCUUCACUUUUCCCGAGCUUGAUACACGCCCAGAAGCGCAAUCCGCAGACGCAUCUGCGGGAUCCUGACAUGUUCUGGGACUUCAUGUCGCUCCGCGCGGAGACGCUGCACUCGCUGCUCAUGUACUUCAGUGAUCGCGGCACUCCGGAUGGCUAUAGGCAUAUGCAUGGCUAUGGCGCGCAUACGUAUCGCAUGGUCAAUCCCAGCGGGGAGACGUUCUAUGUGAAGUUUCACAUGAAGACGGAUCAGGGCAUUAAGAACUUGGAUACACGCCGCUGCUCGGAGCUGGCCGCACAUGAUCCGGACUAUGCUAUACGCGAUCUGUAUAACGCCAUCAAGAAGGGCAACUAUCCCAGCUGGAGCUUGUUCAUUCAGGUCAUGCUCAACGAGGAGGCCAAGAAGAGCAAAUUCAAUCCCUUCGAUGUGACCAAGGUGUGGCCCCAAAAGGAAUUCCCACUGUUGCCCGUGGGCAGACUGGUCUUGGAUCGCAAUCCCACCAACUACUUUACGGAAAUCGAACAGCUGGCCUUCAGCCCGGCACACAUGGUGCCCGGCAUCGAGCCCUCGCCAGAUAAAAUGCUCCAGGGUCGCCUCUUCGCCUACGGCGACUCCCAGCGCUAUCGCCUUGGCACCAACUACAUGCAGAUCCCUGUCAAUUGUCCUUAUCGCGUGAAUGUCAAGAACUUCCAGCGUGAUGGCGCCAUGACUGUCAACGAUAAUCAGGAUGGAGCACCAAAUUACUUUCCCAACUCCUUCUGCGGACCCAAGGAGAGCUCUCGGGCUCUCGCUCUGCAGACCUGUUGUCCCGUUUCGGGCGAUGUCUAUCGCUAUAUGAGCGGCGAUACGGAGGAUAAUUUCAGUCAGGUCACCGACUUCUGGACCUACACCCUGGACAAUUGUGGACGCAAGCGACUCGUGCGCAAUAUAUCGGAACAUCUAUCGGAUGCCAGUCAAUUCCUGCAGGAACGCGCCGUUAAACUCUUCACCAUGGUCCAUGCCGACUUCGGCCGACUCAUGACUGAGGCUUUGAAUACGGCCAAAAUUUCGAAGUUCUAGUCGGGGAAAGGUCGGAAAGGGUCUCUGAUUGUUGUGGAUUUCGAAUAUUAUAAUGCAUGAUAAUAAUAUAUGCAAAUUUUAAAGUAUUCCUUAGAAAGUGUUUUGAAAAAAUAUU